ACAGAGCUGAGGCGCGGCGCAGCGUCGGGUCGGAGCGGUGAGCCCCGGGGCACGGGAGCGGUCAGUGGCUGCCGGCGAGCGGAGCAGACACCACACAACAGCUCCGGGGCCGAGAGAGAGCGACCCGACCCGACCGAGAGCAGGGAGAGCAGAGGAGUGGUCAGAGAGGACGGUGUUAGCUGGGAACGUGUCAAAGGACGUGUUAGACAUUGGUGAACCGUGAAUCAUAGUGAGAACCGUAAAACGUGGUGAUACGUUUAUUUUAUUCAUAAAUUUAUCGAUACCUACCAAUCUUUUUGCGAGCGUCACCAUCAGGUGAAUUCACUCCCGCAUUUAAUCCCUCGCUGCUGAGGCUGUUAGAGAGAGUGCUGAACGAUUCGACCACCUGUUCAGAACGUCACCCACUCCAAUCGGCACACACCAACUCCAGUCACCCGCCGGGGUGUGACUACUGACACCAGCUGAAGGUGGAAGUCCUCCAUCGUCUUCCACAUCACCAGAGACCGCUCCGAGCGGCCCGGGCCGCAGAGAUGGCUGCGCAGGGCUCCGGUCUGCUGGGAAACCUGCACUGGGCAGAUGUGGUCGUGGUGGUCCUCUAUUUCGCCUUCGUGCUCUUCGUCGGACUCUGGAGCUCAAGAAGAAGCAAGAAGGAUAACUUGAAAGGAUACUUCUUGGCCUCCAGAAGCAUGCACUGGAUCCCGGUGGGGGCGUCCCUGUUCGCCAGUAACAUCGGCAGCGGCCACUUUAUCGGUCUGGCCGGCACCGGAGCGGCCUCCGGCAUCGCCGUGGCCGGCUUCGAGCUCAACGCGGUGUUUGUGCUCAUUUUCCUGGGCUGGGCGUUCGUACCCGUGUACACGGCGGCUGGAGUGUACACCAUGCCCGAGUACCUCCGACUGCGGUUCGGCGGCCAGCGCAUCCGAGUCUACCUAUCCGUGCUCGCCAUUCUGCUCUACAUCUUCACCAAGGUCUCGGCGGACCUGUACGCCGGCGCGCUGUUCAUCCAGCGGGCCAUGCAGUGGGAGGGCGACCUGGGCCUCUACCUGGCCAUCAUCGUGCUCCUGCUGAUCGCCGCCAUGUUCACCAUCUUCGGCGGACUGACGGCCGUCAUAUGGACGGACGCCGUGCAGACCGUGCUCAUGAUCGCCGGAUCCAUGAUACUCUGCGUCAUGUCGUUUGUGGCCGUCGGCGGCUACAAUGCGCUGAUCGAGCAGUAUUUCGAGAAGGAGCCGAGCGCCAACGUGACGCUGUACGACGCCGACAAUCAGUCGUGCGCCGCCGCCCGUCCGGACGCCAUGCACCUGUUCAGGUCAGCGGUACCGGGCGAGUCGGACCUGCCCUGGCCCGGAAUGACGUUCGGCCUGACCGUGUCGGCCGUCUGGUACUGGUGCUCUGACCAGGUGAUCGUGCAGCGCACCCUCUCGGCCAAGAACCUGGUGCACGCCAAGGGCGGCGUGCUGCUGGCGGGCGCGCUCAAGUUCCUGCCGCUGUACCUGCUCGUGUUUCCGGGUAUGGCGGCGCGCGUGCUGUACACCGACUCUGUGGCGUGCUCAGAGCCGGAAGCCUGUCAGCGCAUCUGUGGCUCGCCCACCGGCUGCUCCAACCUGGCGUACAUCGAGCUGGUGCUCAACCUGCUGCCCGUCGGCGUGUCGGGUCUGAUGCUGGCAGUGAUGCUGGCGGCGCUGAUGUCCUCGCUGACGUCCAUCUUCAACUCGGCCUCCACCCUGUUCACCAUCGACGUGUACACGCGGCUGCGGUCGCGCGCCUCCGAGCUCGAGCAGGUCAUCGCCGGCAGGGUGUUCGUCGUGUUCAUGGUAGCCGUCUCGAUCGUCUGGAUCCCGAUCAUCAACUCGUCGGCCUCCAGCCAGCUGUUCGUCUACAUCCAGAGCAUCACCGCCUACCUGGCGCCGCCCAUCUGCGCUAUCUACCUGCUGGCCGUCUUCUGGCCGAGAGCUAAUGAACAGGGGGCCUUCUGGGGGAUGAUGCUGGGACUGGUGCUGGGCAUGGUCCGUUUCGGAAUCGAGUUCUCCUACACCGUUCCGCCAUGUGGCUCCGAACUGGAGGACACCCGUCCCGAGUGGGUGAAGCGGGCGAUAUUCGACAUCCACUUCCUCCACUUCGGCUGCAUUCUGUUCCUGAUCGUGCUGGUCGCCUCGGUGGUCAUCUCACUGUGCACAGAGCCUAUUCCCGAGGAGUGCCUGCGGCGUCUGACGUUCUGGUCUCGCCGGUGCGAGGAGCCGCGGAUGCCACUGCCAUCAGAGUCUGCCAAACAGCGCUUCGUUGAAGAAAUUCAACUCCAGGAUGAGCCGCCGGAGCCGCCUGCCACGCCGUCUCUGGGCAGGAAGAUCUUCAACAAGCUGUGCGGGGUGGCCGAGGGUGCGGCCAUGGGCGAGUCGGCCGCCGACGACCCCUUCGGGCACCUCACCGACGUGGAGCGGGCUAAAAUGGACGCCGACUCGCUGCUCGAACACCCCAGACAAAAAGUGAUCGUAAACGUGCUGGCCAUGGUGCUGAUGGCCAUCUCCGCCGGUAUGUACACGUAUUACCGGUAAUACCACGGUACACCGCCCGGUACACCCGGUACACCCGAUGUACGAGGUGCAAGUGCACCGGAGUACCGCCCGAGGCACUGACACCGCUCGGUCGGUGUAACUGUCAGCUGACAGCAUUGGUCGGUGUCAUGUUCGGUGUCAGGCGUGCUCGUGUCACUAUCAGGUGUCGAUGGUCUCUGUCACUACUGAUCGCCGGGAAGAUAAUGUGAGAUCCCCAUCGCAUCAGUUCCAGUGACAGUAUUGAUACAUUACCAGCCUCUGAAAGGCACACUCGCCGGCCGAGGCGGUGUUAUACUGUGUCCCAUAUGUUUCUAAUUUAACAAUAACACUAAUUGUUUUCCGUUUCGAAUGUUUAUUGUUUAGUUCCUUGCACCAGUAACCAGUACAUCAGUGUAUCAUUGUAUAUGUUGGACUUGUUGGAGGCAUUGCUGGCAUGUUCUGAUUGUCUAGAUAUUCGUCUAUAAAUAGUCAUGGGAUAUGUGAGACACCUGCUCGUUGUCCUAAGAACCACUUCGUUAAAAGAGUAGGUAUUUGUGGAGCUGUGAAUAGCGUGAAUCACACCAUUUAUAGUAUUUUAUCGUACGUACUGAUGGCUGAUGACUGAAACUAUUUUACUAAUGGUCCAGACCUUUGGAUCGUGCGUCAUAGUCGUCAUUCUCUCAGCCCUUAUAGAACACUACGCUUUUGUUGCCGUGGUCAGUAAAAAUAAGAAUCGAUUUUUUAUUAUAUUUUUCGGGGGAAAUGUAAACAGAAUGUUCAACAAGCACCACCAAGCUUGUGCAUCGGCUAUUGUAAUUAUUGACGCUGCUGCCGCCGCUAAAGGCUCGUUUUUUUACUUAUUACCUCCAAUGAGGCUCCCCUUCAGCCGUCCAAUAUUCCGCUCCCUGGUGAGUGUCGGACCUCUACCGUACAGAUCGGAAGGAAACAAGACUCGACUGUGAGGAAAUGUGAGCUAUUUUACGUAGCGCGAGCCAUUUUACGAAGAAUGGUUCCUACAUAUGUAACGAUGUAUCCUGACACUCUGAAUUACUUGAGAGACAAAUAGUGUGCACUUUGCGUGGAUAGGUAAUGCACAUCGGUGAACAGUGUGUCAAUGUGUGUCACAAUGUGUCAGUUUGUCUCAGUGGUUAGGUAUGCUCAGAGAUCACCUGAUAGAUAAAAUAUACUGAAUGCUGUAGCGCACGACUGCAUUUAUUGCCCUGGUGUAAGGAAGUAGUACCCGUCAACAGGCGCUUGUUAAACUUGAAAGGCAUCUAUGGGUGACAUUGAGGGUAGAUGAAUUCGUCGUAGCUCGUAAGCCAUGUGUGCACGUAUUCUGGUAAUAAAUAGUGACACGCUGCUGUGGUGUCUCCAGGA